CAGCGGCUGCACUACUGGGCGCUGGAGCCGUCCAGGCCAGAGCUUAUCCGGGUCAUCUGCCUGGACUCGCCCAUCAUGUCGGCUCUGAUGUUACCCGGAAAGUACCCGCGUGCGAUGGCACUUACGGCCGACGGGGUCGCUCACGUGGUGGACAUCAAGGAGAACACGGUUGACGCUGUCAGUCCAGCCGAAGAGAGGAUUAUCUCGCCGCCCUCUGCGGCCUCUUCCGCUGGAAGCCCCAGCCCGGCCAAGAAACCCAGGCCCGCCGGCCAGGUGGCUGCCGCUGCCGCUGCCGCCGUCGCCGCCAACCGUGGACCGGCCCUUCCGGCGGUGCUGUGCCUCGCCCUCGACCGGAGAGCCUCGCGGGUGUGCCUGGGCACGUGCCAGGGUCAGGUUCUCUCGGUGAAGCAGAUAGACUUGAGCCGGGACGGUAAGUGGAUGUUGGUCAACGGCGGCGAGAGGGUGAUACGGAUGCUGGAGCGGGAGAGCACCACAGGGAGGUCUGUGCGGGAUUUCCAGGACGUGGUGAACAGAACGAGGUGGCAGUGCUGCCGUUUCACGGGGGAUUCGGAGUACAUCGCGGGAGGGAGUCGGGCGGAGGGCACGUGCAGCAUCUACCUCUGGACCAUCGAGGGGCACCUGGUGACACGGUUGGAGGGACCCAACCUGGGGUUGCUAAGCCUGACGCGGCACCCGGUGCGGCCGUUCUUGGCUGCCGCCCUGACGAGCGGAAAGGUCCAACUGUGGGGAACCACUCCCAUCGCCAACUGGACUGCGUUUGCGGCAGAUUUCGAGGAGCUGGAAGAGAACGUGGAGUACGUGGAGAAGGAGGACGAGUUCGACGUGGUGGUUGAGGAGGGUGACCCAGAGGGCACCAAGCGCAAGGCGGAGAAGGAGAAGCAGGAGGAGGAGGAGGCUGUCGUGUCCAUCGAUGCGAUCGAUACGGUGGACGCCUGGAGCACGGACUCGGAGGGGGAGGACCGCCUGCAGCCCUUCUACCUCUCCACCGAGCCUGGCGCGGCCGCUAGGGAGGGUUGGUACGACCUAGACGUGCAGACCUCGAAGAGGGGGAUAUCUUCCAAGCCGGGGGGAGGGCGCUGGGAAGACAAGGAGGAAUGGACGAGCGUGCGGGCGGGAGACGGCGGAGGCGGGAAGAAAGGGGGCGGCGGCGCGAAGAAAAAGAAGCUGUCGAACCGGGAGUUCGGCAAGAGGAGUAGGAGCCAUGCCGGCAAGAACAACAACCAAGCCACCUCCUCAAAGGCUAGGGGGGCCGACGCGCCAUCAGGACCAGGGCGCGGCGGCGGCGGUGGCGGCGGCGACGGUGGUAGUGUUGGCGGUGGUGCAGCGUCAUCAGGAUCAGGGCGCGGCGACGGCGGCGGUAGCAGUGCCGGUGGAGGUGCAGCAGCAGCUACGGGCGCGGCAUCGGCUGUCCAGGAAACCGGCAGCGGGAGCCACGCCAACGGCAAGGGCGGCGGCGGCGGCAGCGGCGGUGACAACACCCAAGAGCGAAGGAGGACCGCGACACCCCCACCACCACCAUCCGCUACCGCACCAACUUCUCCGGCAAAACGUCUCGACGCCGGCGGAAUCGCAAAUGCGGACGCCAACGGCAGCACCAGAGGUCCGGUUCCGCCCGGGCGCAGAACUGGCGGGAGCGGUAGGGCCGGGGCGGAGGAGGACGGCAGCCGAAGCAGCGGCGAGCGUCACGACUCGGCUCCCGCAACAAGCGACAGAAAACUGACGACUGUUUCCGCGGCGACAGGGGAGGGGGGUCCCUCGUCAGCGGGGGCCCCGCAGACGGGGAAGAUGAAGAGGCCAAGGGAACAGGAGGGACAGCACUAGAGUUUUUGUUGGGCUGUUACGGUUGUUGUCGAGAUGGUGGCCGCUCAUUUCGUUUUGUAGCCGACCGGCCGAGUAUGUUUGAGGCGCGCUCUUUGUUUCGAAUUUUG